UUCAAUUUGAGUACUGUCACAAUGAACAACACACAAUCGCACCCAAAGCCGCAGAUUGUGUGGGAUGAAGAGCAUACCGUGAAGCUGAUCAAGGCAUACAAGGCGCAGAAUGUUCUGUGGAAUCCAGAAAAUCGCGGUUUCCUGCAUCGCAAUGCGAGAUACGAUGCCUGGAAAGAGAUGGCCAAUGUUAUGCAGUUGACCAUACGCGACGUUAAGAGAAAAAUGAAUUCGCUAAUUGGCGUCUACAGAUCACAGUACCGCAAGGGUGUUACUAAUCCUCGCUGGUGGGCCAGUCACAUGUCCUUUAUGCAGCCGAAGUUGAUUAAAAAACCAAACACUUUCGAUCAUUCUGAAAAUAGCGACAAUUCCAUUGGGAACGAGCCCUACGACAGCGAACAGGAAUUUAUAUCAGCCAAAUCAACGCAGCGUCGGUAUCAAUCGGCAUUCCAUGAAUUUCGCGCUGAAUUCGAGCUGCCCAGACGUGUUCCGCUCCACGAACAGCAGCAGCAACAGCAACAGCAGGAGAAGGAGAAGGAAAAGGCGGAGGUAGUGCAGCAGCAGGAGGCCAUCAGCGCUACCUUCCCGCUGAUGCAAGAUGAAUUCGUACAGCUGAAGACUGAGCUGGAAGAGAUCGAAAUAGUUGAGCAGCUAGAGAACGAAAGUCCCCCAGCACAGCCAGAGAUUGAGAGUCCCUCGUAUCAGCCGGAGAAUCUGGACGACGACGAUGUGACACUCUAUGUCAAAUAUCUGGAGUGCAAGCUAAAGAAGUAUCCCCCGCACACACGCAAUGCCAUCCAAUUUGAGUUUAAUCGCAUCAUCUACGAAGCCGAUCUGGGACUGCACGACAGGGCUUCAAAGUUUUCAUAGACGCGCAACCGAUCUAUAGAAUAUUAUGUUUAAGUUCGUUUAUCUAAUCUAAAGAUAGAUGCAAAGCAUCUGUAAUACCAUUCCCUAAGCCCAUCAAUAUGCUGCGAGGAUAAUUUAGAUAGUUUCUUUAAAAGAAUUUCAAUAAUAUUAUCUCUAUGUAAACUAUUACUUUAAGAUCGGAGACUGUUCAGACUAGUCUCGCCUCAUCGUAAUCUUAAGCCCAUGAAUGUGAUUUUAUAGAUAAAUUUGUGUUCCAUAUAUG